AUGAAAUUGUUGCCAUCAAUUCCGCUAUCGCCGGUAGCUUCCGCCGCAGGCGGAAUGACCGGAAUGGAUUCCCGGCUGCCACCGGGUAGAGCGUUGCCUUUCAAUACGGAGCUGUUCUGGCGAACUCAUUGUCAGGGUUAUGGGUUCCCGCUAAAUUUUCCGCCCACGUCGCACCCACCGCCCAAUCCCUUUCUAGAUUUCAAGACUCAUCUACCAACGAGUCUAGUGUCCGAUCCUAGACUAUGGUCGCGGGAAGAUGUGGCGGCGUUUCUGCGAUGGGCCGAGCAAGAAUUCGAUCUGCCGCCGUUCGACAUGGAGGUGUUCCAGAUGAACGGCAAGGCGCUAUGCUUGCUGACGAAGGCCGAUAUGGGCGAGAGGUGUCCAAGCGCCGGUGACGUCCUGCACAACGUCCUCAGCAUGCUGGUGCGCGAUUACAGCCAGUUACAGAGGUGUCUGCCGAGCAGCCCGGUGACGCCGACCAGGCCGUCCGCGUAUCCGCUGAGUCCGCUUUCGCAUCCGCCCACACCCACGUGGACGGAGACGCCGGCAUAUGCCCAGAAUCUCGCGUCCCUGAUGUCGGCCAAUUCGGUGACGCUGUCACCGGCGCCGUCCGUGGACAGUCAAUCGGGCUCGCCCAGUCACGCGACCGACGCGAAUCAGACGCAGGUCUACAAGAGUGAUUCGGACGAGGACAACAAUCACCAGGUGUCGAGCGGUAAUAGCAGUCCGCCGCCCACGCCGACCGCCUUGACGGCGCAGAGGCUUAGCGAGGUGAGCGUCAAGGAUCAGCCGAGUCCGACAUUAUCAUCGCAAUUGAUGCCGUUGACACCCGGUACUUUCCGAUCGACUAGUGCCAAUGCGGCCAGAGAGUUCUUCCCCAGCGACUCGUCAGAACCUAACACCAAUGGAAGAUUGCUCUGGGACUUUCUUCAGCAGUUACUGAAUGACCCUCAGCAACGAUACCACAAUUUCAUCGCGUGGAAGAGCCGGGACACCGGCGUUUUCAAAAUUGUCGAUCCGCCGGGUCUGGCACGGCUCUGGGGUAUCCAAAAAAAUCAUCUUUCUAUGAAUUACGAUAAGAUGAGCAGAGCUUUACGUUAUUAUUAUCGUGUGAACAUACUUAGAAAAGUUCAAGGCGAACGACAUUGUUACCAAUUUCUGCGUAACUCAGUUGAAUUGAAAAACAUCAAGAAUAUAUCAUCAUUGCGCCAUCAAAUGCGAAUAAAAUCGGAACCAGAAGAAGAAGGGACUCUUUCCGGAAGUCCCGAGACGGAACCGGAAGCGGAUAUGCCGACGGAUCUCUCGAUGUCCAGUAUGAAUCCGCCAUCGAGCGAGCAGCAACAGCCCUUGCCACUGCACGAUCCACCUGCCAAGUACAGAAGUCACGCGUAUAAUCUCGUUAAGACCAAUCAGGAACCGGAAGAGAGGAAGUGACGCGGGACUUAGCGAUGGCAGGAAAGCUAUGAUCGCGCGUAAUCGUUAAUCGUGCCGCGACAGACUGGGACCGAUGAAACGAACUUCACGUAACAGAGGCGUCCAUAUCGAUAACCGAUCGACAGAUUGCAGGGUGAGAUUGGAAAUUGAGUGAGUAUCCACUCCGUCCGAUUCAUCGAUUUGUUGAUCAGAAGAAGAUAUCUGCACGAAGACGCAAAAGUCUUCAAGACAACAGAGAAUGGAUGGAAUCCGAAAAGUGAAACUCAUCGACAAGGCUUCUGAAUCUGAAGAACAAGAUAAUAAUGAGGUCUAAUCGAGGUAAUUAGUGGUGGUUGAUGGAAAGAAGUAUGAGAAUGACUCGGAAUUUUGUCGAAUGUAAUCGCGAUAUUAAGUUAAAAGACUCUCGAAACACGACGGUUCGUAUGUACAAGACUUUCUUGAGAAUAUCCGUCAGAAUAGACGAGUGAACUUUCUCGUUUAUCCAAUUCACAGAGGCACAUUGACGUUCCAAAGAUGAUCCUUGAGGGCUCAAGAAAUUAGAUUCGCUAUACUUUUCGUUAUCUGUCGACGACAAUUCAAAGUUGCAAUCACACAAGAAUAUUCUCCAUUUUCGUCGUGACGUCGUGUGAAUGUGAUAAGGAACGCGAGAAGAAAGCACGUUUUGCCAAUAUCACCUCUCACGGUGCAAAUCGGAUAACGAAAUUCGCUCUCCGUCCUCACACGGAUUCGCGUUGAAUCGUUGUGCGCCGGAUAUAAUGAUAGACGCUUCGAUAUCUGAAGCUGAAUCUUUGCGGAUAUUCCGCCCUACCCUCCUUUUUCGCUUCCCUCGUAACUGGGAACUACCCAUGCGAAUUGUCGGGCAAUUUCCUUUCCGCUUUUACAACGACAAGAUGUGUACGAAUUUAGGUGUGCUUAACAGCAUACAUACAAACAAUGAUUCAAUGUACAAAGAAUGCCAGAGGGAGAACUGUUACCAGGUCUUUCCUUUCUUUAACGUCUCUCUUUUUCUUUUUUUAAUUUUAAGCUUGUGUUCUGUGAUGUGACUUUAUUUUUGGUGAAACUUAGUCCGCGAAUAAGGUCGAUCCCAAAGAGAGAGAGAGACUAUUUGAUUUGAGACAUUCGUGUAAAUUCAUCACAGAAAAAUUACGUUACAAACGUUUCCAUGAAGUUUUCAAAGAGUUAUAAAGAGCUUGACAAAAUCUUUCCAUGGCAGAUUCAAUAAGAUUUUUUAUGUAUGUCGACUCUGUAAAACGAGUCCCAGAAGGAAGAUUUAACUGGAUUUCCUCAAGCUCUUGUGCGUUGAAACGGUUCUCCGUUACUUUGACGUAUUUGUGCCAAGAAUAUUUGCCGUUUAAUAAGUGAACGAUAUUUAGUUAUAUAUAUAUAUUUAAUCAAUCGUUCAAAAAAAACUCGGUAUAUCACGAUUUUGGAACCAACUAUUGUAUCACUCGCGCUCGAUAUAUGCAUUAUAUGAAAUAAACGCAUUGUAAUGCUGUAUAAUCGAUUAUGCAUUGUAGAUGUACAUAACUGAACUAAUAAAUUUAACUAAUGAAUUGUAAAUGCGAAUAAAAGAUAUAAGAGGAUUAUUAGAAGAAUAGCGAAAGAAUUUUAUGGAAAUUCGGGGCCAGAGUUAGAGUAUAUAAAUUUAUCUAUAGAAAAAAAGUAUAUAUACAUAUAUAUAUUUUACUAUCAAAAUUUAUAUUCGAAAUUUCUAUGUUUGUUGCGAUUGUGGCUUCACAUUCCACGACCCUUUAUUCAAGGAUUGUCUGCGAAAUAAAUCGUGAGAAAAUGAGACGUAUACAAUUAGAAAAACAAAUUUUAAGAAAAUUACUAAUUGUAUUUUUGCACUUGAGAAUAUAAAACUGAGAAAGUAUGAGAGAAUUGAAGUAUGAAUGCAAGAGAAAGAGAGAGAGAGAGAGAAAAAGUAAGUUUCGUUAAACGUAUGACUAAAUGACAUAUUAAGAAAUAUAUUCGGCUUCUUGUAUUCUGUGAUCUCUAUAUUAUAGAACGCAAAAAAAGCAUUGCAAGUUAAAUAGGUAUUAUUAUUUAGAUGAAACGGAUGUGCAUAUCUAAACAAGGCGUCUAUCUGAAGGAGCUGCGUGAUGUUAUCGAGAUAAGAGAAAGAUAUAUACGUGUAUAGUAGGCACUAAUAAUACUUUAACAUAUGAAAUUAAUCACAUUUGACUAUUAAUAUAAAAAACGCAUAUAUUAAGUUGUUCGUGCAUCAUAAUUGUUAAUAUAAAAAAACCAGCAAUAUUAUUUUGGAAUUGUGUCCAUACACAUCUGCUAAUAGCUUUAAAUGCAGUUUGUAAAAAAUUAUAUAUGUAGU